CAGGUAGCGAGCUCCUAUCCAAAGCUCUUCGGCGUCAUGAGCAGCCAAUAGGAGUUCGUGUAGAAGCGAGUCUGCUCAACAGCUUGUUAUUUGGUGGAUUGUGGCAGUAAAUCGGGCGAGUGGGGAACCGGGCGCAGGAACUGCCGCCGCGGCGGGGAGUGGUGCUGCGCGGACGGGGGCCCCCAGGGGUCAGUGGGGCGGAGGGCUCGGAAGCUGACAGUGCGCACUUCACCCGCAGUUGCGGCGGAGGAGAUAGCUCGCUGAGCUGGAACCCCACAGAUCGCCGGUGAAAAUGAAGGCGGCGGAUGAGCCUGCCUACCUGACAGUGGGAACUGAUGUCAGUGCCAAGUACCGAGGUGCCUUCUGUGAGGCAAAAAUUAAGACUGUAAAAAGGCUGGUAAAAGUUAAGGUACUCCUGAAACAGGAUAAUACUACACAAUUGGUGCAGGACGAUCAAGUAAAGGGUCCUUUAAGAGUUGGAGCUAUUGUUGAAACAAGGACAUCUGAUGGAUCCUUUCAGGAAGCUGUUAUCAGCAAGCUGACGGACGCUAGUUGGUAUACUGUGGUGUUUGAUGACGGUGACGAGAGAACACUGAGACGCACUUCACUUUGCUUAAAAGGAGAGCGACAUUUUGCCGAGAGUGAGACACUUGACCAGCUUCCCUUAACAAACCCAGAGCAUUUUGGAACUCCUGUAAUUGCAAAGAAGACAAACAGAGGAAGGAGGUCCUCUCUUCCUGUUAACGAAGAUGAAAAGGAAGAAGAAAGUAGUGAAGAGGAAGAUGAAGAUAAGCGACGUCUCAAUGAUGAAUUGUUAGGAAAAGUUGUAAGUGUGAUAUCUGCAUCUGAGAAGACUGAUUGGUAUCCUGCUUUGGUAAUAUCUCCUAGCUGUAAUGAUGACAUCAUGGUGAAAAAAGACCAGUGUUUAGUUCGAUCAUUUAUUGAUUCUAAAUUUUAUUCUAUAGCAAGAAAGGAUAUCAAGGAAGUAGACAUCCUCAGUCUACCUGAAUCUGAACUCUCUGCUAAACCAGGGCUACAGAAAGCAAGCAUCUUCUUAAAAACUAGAAUUGUUCCUGAUAAUUGGAAAAUGGAUAUAAGUGAAAUCCUUGAAUCAUCUAGUAGUGAUGAUGAAGAUGGUCCAGCUGAGGAAAAUGAUGAAGAGAAGGAAAAGGAAACCAAAAAAGAAGAAGAGGAGGUGCCUGAGGAAGAGCUUGAUCCUGAAGAGAGGGACAACUUCCUCCAACAGCUUUAUAAGUUUAUGGAAGACAGAGGUACUCCAAUCAACAAACCACCUGUUUUGGGCUAUAAAGAUCUCAAUCUCUUCAAACUUUUUAGACUGGUUUAUCAUCAAGGUGGAUGUGACAGUAUUGAUAGUGGUGCUGUAUGGAAGCAAAUUUAUAUGGACCUUGGCAUUCCUAUUUUGAAUUCAGCUGCUUCCUACAAUGUAAAAACUGCUUAUAGAAAGUAUCUCUAUGGUUUUGAGGAAUACUGCCGUUCUGCAAAUAUUCAGUUCAGAACUGUUCACCAUCAUGAACCAAAAGUAAAGGAGGAAAAAAAAGAUUUAGAAGAAUCAAUGGAAGAAGCUCUAAAAGUAGAUCAAGAAAUGCCUUUAGUAGAAGUGAAGAGUGAACCUGAGGAGAAUAUUGAUUCAAACAGUGAAAGUGAAAGAGAAGAAAUAGAGUUAAAAUCUCCAAGGGGACGAAGGCGAAUAGCUCGUGAUGCAAAUUCUAUUAAAAAGGAAAUUGAAGAAGAGAAAACAGAAGACAAAUUGAAAGACAGCGAUACAGAAAAUAAGGAUGUAGUUGAGGACUAUGAAACCGUGGAAAGGAAAGAAAACGAGUUACUGCUGGGGAGAAAAAAUACACCAAAGCAAAAGGAGAAGAAAAUUAAAAAGCAGGAAGAUUCUGAUAAAGACUCAGAUGAAGAGGAAGAAAAAAGCCAAGAGAGGGAAGAAACUGAAAGCAAAUGUGACUCGGAAGGGGAGGAAGAUGAGGAAGACAUGGAACCCUGCCUAACAGGAACCAAAGUGAAAGUAAAAUAUGGUCGAGGGAAAACGCAGAAGAUCUAUGAAGCUAGUAUUAAAAGCACUGAAAUUGAUGAUGGAGAAGUUUUAUACUUGGUACAUUACUACGGAUGGAACGUCAGGUAUGAUGAAUGGGUGAAGGCUGACAGGAUAAUCUGGCCUUUGGACAAAGGUGGACCAAAGAAAAAACAGAAGAAAAAAGCAAAAAAUAAAGAAGACAGUGAAAAGGAUGAGAAGAGGGAUGAGGAGCGCCAGAAGUCAAAACGAGGGCGACCGCCUUUAAAAUCUACCCUUUCAUCCAGCAUGCCAUAUGGUUUGUCUAAGACUCCAAACAGUGAAGGAAAAUCAGGUACCAGAAGUGCUCGCAGCAAUAUGCCAGACAGCUCACCUCUGUCAAAUGGAAUGGAAGACUCUUGCUCAUCUGAUAGUGAAACAGAAGACCUUUUAGAAAAGAAUCUGAUGAAUGAAGAACUGUCUCCUGAUAGUAAAGAACUAGAAAAAAAUGAAAACUUAAAUGAUGAUAAACUAGAUGAAGAAAAUCCAAAGAUUGCUGCACAUAUAUUAAAAGAAAAUGAAAGGACACAAAUGCAGCCUUUAGAAACAUUGAAGUUAGAAGUUGGAGAGAAUGAACAGAUAGUACAGAUUUUUGGAAAUAAAGUAGAACAAGUAGAAGAAGUUAAGAAAGAGGCUGAAAAAUCACCUAAAGGAAAGGGAAGACGAAGCAAGACAAAAGAUCUUUCUUUGGAAAUUAUAAAGAUUUCAUCGUUUAGUCAAGAUGAAGCAGGAAGUGAAUCUCAUAUAGAAGCUCAGAGUCUAGAAUUUUCUCCAUUAGACAGUAAAAAUUUUUCUACUACUGCUGAAGAUGAAAUUGACCAAUGUGCAAAAGAAAAAAAGUUGAAACGGAAAAUACUAGGACAAUCAUCACCAGAGAAAAAAACAAGAAUUGAGAAUGGCAUGGAAAUAACAAACAGCGUAUCUCAAGAAAAGACCAGUGACUGUAUUGCAUCUGAGGGAAUGAAAAACUUAAAUUCUGCACAACAGUUUGAAGUAGAAAAUGAAGAAAUGCCAUCAUUAAUCGCAGAGUCCAACCAACGCAUUCAGGAACUGACUAGUGAAAAAUUUGACAAUCCAACCGAAAAACCUGUAAAUACUCCACUAAAAGAAGAAGAGGAUGCUAUGCCUCUGAUCGGGCCUGAAACCUUGGUCUGCCAUGAGGUAGAUCUGGAUGAUCUGGAUGAGAAGGAUAAGACCAGUAUUGAAGAUGCAGUAGCUGAAAGCUCAGAGUCUAACUCUCUUGUUUCUAUUCCACCUGCCCUACCUCCUGUUGUACAGCAUAACUUUUCAGUAGCUUCACCACUUGCUCUCAGUCAAGAUGAAUCCCGAAGUAUAAAAAGUGAGAGUGACAUAACCAUUGAAGUUGAUAGCAUUGCUGAAGAAUCUCAAGAAGGUCUCUGUGAGAGGGAAUCAGCAAAUGGCUUUGAAGCCAGUGUUGCCUCUGGUACCUGUAGUAUAAUUGUUCAAGAACGAGAGAACAGGGAAAAGGGUCAGAAAAGGCCAAAUGAUGGAAAUAGUGGAUUACUGGCAAAAAAGCAAAAGCGUACCCCAAAGCGAACAAGUGCUGUAGCCAAAAGUGAAAAGAAUGGAACAGAUGCCACGUCUAUCACAUAAAGUGAACCCCACCAGUAAAGGGACAAGAAAAACACAGCAGCACUUCUGUGACAUUCCUGUCAAAGAUGCAUAAUCUGAAUAUAAUCAUGAGGAAUCAUCAACAAAUUCAAACUGAAGGGUAUUCUAUAAAAUAACUGGUCAGUAAUUUAAGAAAUUAUCAAGGUCAUGAAAGUCAAAGAAAGAGGAACUGUUCCAGAUGAAAGGUGACUUAGGAGACAUGACAAUUAAAUGCCACAUAGGAUUCUCACCUGGGUCCUAUUAAAAAAGACGAUACUGGGUCAAGUAGAGAAACUUGUAUGGGAUUUGAAGAUUGAGUGUGAUAAUAAUAGAUUUGUGUUCAUUUUAUGAUCUUGAUGGUUGUAUUAUGGUUCUUAAGAGUGUGGUGGUUUUAAAAACUGAUCUACAGACUUGUUGAUACUCUCCUCUUUAACAGGGAAAGCCUAAUUCCCUUCCCUUGCGUGUGGGCUGAAUUUAGUGACUCACUUCUAACAAAUGCAGUGAUAGAGUAUGACCGCAGAGAAUAGGUCAUAAAAGGCACUGCAGAUUGCUCCUUGCCCUCCCUCGGAUCACUUGCUCUGGGGAAAGUCGGCCACCCAGUCAUGAUGACGACACAGCAGGUAUAGAGAGGUCCACAUGGUGAGGAACUGAGCUCAUCCUGCCAACAGCCGUCAAGGAACAGAGGCCUGCCAGGGGCCACGGGAGUGAACCAUCUUGGAAGCAUAUCCUACAGCUCUGGUCAAGUCUACAGAGACCACAGCCUCAGCUAAAAGCUUGACUGCAACAUCACAAGAAUGACCCAAGCCACAUCACACAACCAAGCUGCUCCCAGAUUCCAACUCAGAAACUGUGACAUAUAAACUGCUAAGUUGGGGACCAGUUUGCAGAUAACAAACACAAGGAGAAUGUUCUUGUUUGUAAGAAAUAAACACCAAAGUACUCCAGCGUGACAGAGCAGCUUAGCCUUCAAAUGGGUCAGAAAAACAUUUUUUGGUAACGGUUCUUACAGCUUUUUUCUAAGUUUGAAGACUGUCUCAACAUCAAAAGUGAAAAAGAUUAAAAAGGAAGAAAGGAGACCAUCAGUUUUACUUUUGGGAAAGAAUAUUUGGGUUAAUCUUUGGCAAGAAGAAAUGAACUAAAGAGAUGGGAAGUGAAAUCAUUAGGACUCCAUCAUUAGUCACAUAUGAGGCGUUGGUUAAUGGACAUACAGGAUAGAGCAAUAGCAGCAGGUUUGGGGAAGAGUAAUUCAGGGAAUGUCGAGUUAGAGGUACCCGGUAUUAGGGAAGGAGGGGUGUGGAACUUCCAAGAGUCUGUUUUUACAAGAUGGUUGUGUGAAGGACUGCAAGAAGAUGAGACUGCUGUGGGACAGAUGUAAAAUGAGGAGAAAAAGGACCAAUAGAAUUACGUGAUAUAUCUAUAUAGGCACUGAUCAGAGACAAAUUCAAAUCAGUAAACACCAGUGGGUUUGAAUAAAAAGGUUUCAAAUGCUAUUGGAUAUGCAGUGAGAUUAAAUACAUUGAUUGGAUUUGUAGAAUUGUAAAUGUUGGGACUCUUACAAGAGCACAGGAAUGUGAUUAGAAGGUGUGGAAAUCUGGAUAACAAAAAAUUUCUAUCAUGAUAUUUAACUCUAAAGAGAAGGAAAGAGGUGCCAGCUAAAAGGGGAAAUUUUCUUCUUUUUUCCUCUUGCUCUGAGAGUGGGAAAGGUCGGCGUGUUGGUAGACUCUGGGAAAAGCAGCUGAAGAUAAAAGAGGGUGGAUAAUUGAUAUUGGGAUAUUCCAGGGGAGCUGGGAGCGGAUGGUUUUAAGAGUAUAGUUGAAGAGAUUAGUCUUCAGGAACACUCUCCUCUUUUUGAGCCCCUGAAAAAGGCAGUAAAGACAGAUACAGGUAGAGGAGGGGCUGGGAAAUUGAGUGGGUAACCCUCAACUUUACCUUGUCAGUAGAAGGCAAGGUUGGCGUUUGAGAGACUAGGGUGGAAGUACAUUAUAGGAAACUGGGGGGAAAAGUGAAACUGAGAGGAUUCUAAUUUAGUAUGAAGUGAGAGCAAAAGCAUCUCUAAGUACAAAUUUGGUGCGGAGGGAUAGGACUGGAGACAAUUCUCUGCUUUCAUUUUAUCAUAUGUAUGUUAAAGGGUGUGUACACAUCAAGUUCUUUUGUGCUUCUUCAGUUAUGCACUUUGGGUUGUUUUUGGUUUUAAAUCUAAAUGGGGCAAUAUUAUACAUACUGUCUCAUAACUUUGAUUUUUCCUUUAAUAAUAUACAUUGGAUAUUU